GCUUCAGUUGUGUGUAUCGUCGGUUCGGGCGACACGAAUGUCUCCGUGUUUACCGGGAGAUCUAAACGUCUGAGCGGGUCGGAGCGGCGCAGCCCGGUGGACCGGUUGAUGCCGCUGGCGGCGCGGGGCUCUGCCCGGAGGAGGAGAAAAACCCCGGAUGAGAAGCUCCCGGAGCGACCCGGAGAGUCUUCUUCUGCUGCUCAGGUGAUGGCGCCAACGCGGAUGAAACUGCGCGUGCGUCGCCGUGACCACGCAGCCGAAGGUGCCGGCGCCGCUGCAGACGGCGGCGUUUGGCAGGUCGUGGAGGAGGAGGCGAGCAGAGAGAGCCGGGGUCGAGGCGGCAGGAGGAAAAACAACGGCAGCGCUGCACCACCAGCUGCCACCACAUCCUCUUCGUCUCCUCCCACCGCCGCCGCCUCCUCCUCUGCCUCGGCCUCGGCGCGGGCGGUGAUGGCGGCGGAGGAGGCGUCGCCCGACUCAAAGUGUCCGAUCUGUCUGGAUCGCUUCAACAACCUGGCGUACCUGGACCGCUGCCUCCAUCGCUUCUGCUUCCCGUGCAUCCAGGAGUGGUCGCACAACAAGGCCGAGUGUCCGCUCUGCAAGCAGCCCUUCACCUCCAUCCUGCACUCGGUCCUCGCCGAGGACGACUUCAAAGAGUACACGCCGCGCCCCGCGCCCGCCAACAGCAGCGUUGCCGCCACUGUCGCCAUGGUAGCAGCGAUGGCUUCCGCUGCACGGAACGCCCACCAGGAUUGGCUGAUGUUGAGGAGGCACCGAGGGGCGGACAGAGGAGAGGCGACCACGAGGAGGCGGAGGAGAGAGAGGGGAGGGGCGGCGGGUGGGGGGGCGGGGGUGUGGGAGUGGUACCUCGACUCUCCUCCUCUCGCCCCUCUUCCUCACCCCGCCGCCGCCGUCUCUCCGGUGGUUGCCGAGGACAGCGAGGAGGGGGAGGAGCCGGAGGAGCAAAGGAGGAGAGGCAGGGGCGACCUCUCGGAGCGUGGCGUGAUAUUCGAGGGGCUGACAGGACUCGGGGGGGCGGCGGCUCCGUUAGCGGCGACUGAUCGGGCAUCACGCCAGCUGAUGACUCGCUUGGCGGCGAGGCAGCGCCUGCAGCGAGAAGGCGGGACCGUGCGGCGGCUGAGGGAGAGAGAGACUGUUGCUUUCCGUCGGGCGCUUUACCGCUGCAGCAUACGGGUCCGCGGUGUAGCGGGGGUCAACGGUAACCAGGGGCAACAGCAGCGUGACAUCACAGCCGAGAGCUUCCGGAGACACCCCGUCCAUCUGAACAGGCUCCGCCCCUGGCUGCGGCGGGAGCUGACGGUGCUGUACGGAGCGCACGGAUCACUGGUGGAUAUCGUCCAACGCAUCAUCAUGGCGAGACUCGCCCGCCACGGCCUGGAGGACACGCCCACCAUAGAAGAAGAGCUGCGUCCCUUCCUGUUGGCCCGCACGGAUCACUUCCUGCACGAGCUGGUCAGCUUCGCACGCUCGCCGCUCAGCCUGGAACACUACGACCUGCAGGCGGCGUACGAGCCGCCGGAGGCCACGUUGGAGCUGGACGGAACGAGCAGCUCCUCGGACAGCAGCUCCGUCAUCGCCAUCUCGGAGGGCGAGGAGGAAGAGGAGGGGCUGGCGGGAGGAAGGGCGGAGGGAGACGCCCAUGAUGAUGUCAUCCAAACAGGAAGCUGCCUCAGCCUGUCGGCGUGGGACGACGAGACGCCGGGCCCCUCCUACUCCACCGCCGAGCCGCCGUGUUCGCUCUCCUCGCUGUCGUUCAGCCCCGCCCCCCAGGAAGCGGCCAAUGAUGAGGGAGGAGAGAAGCGGGAGGGGGACGUGGAGGAGUGUCUGAUCGUCGGGUACAAGAAGCCGAUAGCGGAGCGGACGCCGGAGCUGGUGCAGCUCUCGUCUGACACCGAGGACGAGGAGAUGAAGAAGGAGACCAAAGAGGAGCAUCCUCCCCUCACCUCCUUGACUCCUCCCCUCACCUCCUUGACCCCUCCCCUCCCCUACGUACCCACAAUCCCUCCCUCCUCGUCAGUGACCUGCGGAGACGAGCAGGAGGACAGGCUGAAGGACGGCGAGGCGAGGAGGCUUCGCUCGUGGUCGGGCAGCUCGGAGAGGAGCAGAAACUCCGUGUGCUCGCUCAGCCCCGCCACGCCCGGAGAUGGCGAGCGCCGGCGGGAGAAAGACGGGAAGCGGAAAGGAAGCGAGGAGGUGAGGGAGAAGAGGAGGAGAAAGAGGAGAAAAACAACAUCAGGGAGGGAGGGGCGGAGGAAAAGCGGGACCCUCUACAACCCGAACCGUUCCAUUUAUCCCGCCUUGAUGCGUCAGCCCUCGCGCUCACCCUCGCCGUUUCACUCGAGCGCCGACUCCAGCUCGCCACCCAGCCCGCCGGACUCCACCUGGAGCUAUCACUGCUCCCAGGUGUCCCCUCUCACCUCCUCCAUCUCUUCACCCUCCUCCUCCUCUUCCUCCUCGCCACCGCUCUCCUCACAGACGCCGCUGACCCCCUCCCUCACUCACCACGGGGAGAAACCCGGCGGGAAGAGGAAGUACAAAAGCCGACACCUGGACAGCGACGACAAGGACCCCACGUGGAGGCCGAGCAGCGGCGGCCCGUGUAGCGAGAAGAGGAGGGAGCGCCGUGAGAAGGAGAGGACACGGAGAGGGAGGAGGAGAGAGAGAGGGAGGACGGCGCUCAAAGGCAGGAGGCGCCGAGACGACCGGAGUCCCAGCGUGGAGAUCGUCUACGAGGGGACCAUCAACGCAUCCAACGCCACGCAACCCGCUGCACGCAGA